CUUGAACUGCUGCGAAUUCUUUUAAUCGGUUUUAUUUUGUGUUCAGGGGGUUUUAAAUUGUUAUCUGGAUCCCAUGUGUUUGUGGACAUGGCCAUUGGUCCAGUGUAUUUUUCGACACUCAAAAUCUCGAAAAUACUCGCUUCAAGACAGCUCCACAAAAUCAAAUGCGCACCCGAAAAAUCGCAGAGUUUCCACCCAACCUGAGGACUUACGGCUCAAGGGAGCCGACCGUGACCAAUUGGACAGUCAUCGUUCCGACGACCCGAAAGCCUUACGCCGACACAGGACGUCGAGACCGUCGAUUGUUCACAUCGGAAGAAAGGAUGGAAUGGAUAACUUCCAAGCAGCCCUUAUGAAGAAAAUGUAUGACCAUAGCCCACACGCGAUUUUCGUGCAAUUAGACGAGUUGUUUGGCGGUAAUGAGGAUCGCGAGUGGAAGGAGACGGCGCGAUGGAUUAAAUACGAAGAGGACGUGGAGGAGGGUGUGGAUAGAUGGGGCAAGCCGCACGUCGCUUCCUUGAGUUUUCAUUCGCUUUUGAACUUGCGAAAGUGUUUAGAAGAAGGUUUGGUAAAUUUGGACAUGGAAGAGAAGGAGUUGCCCGGAAUCGCGUAUCGAGUUUGCGAAGACCUAUACAAAGAAGACUUGAUACGCGAGGAAGACAAAGCACCACUGAUGAGAAUUUUAUUACUUAGACAUCGACAUGUUAACGAACACCAUGACAGGGGUUUCCGGUUUAGCAGAAAGCAGAGCUAUACUUCUUUGCAGUCCCAGUGGCUGGAAGAGAAUGGCAUUUCAAACAGACCUUCUCGUUGUUCCGUAUGUUUAACACAAGGUCCUCUGUGCCCUCAGCAUUUAUUACCUCGUCACUCAAUUUCUUCCUACAUACAAAACCUUUCCGACGCGGAGAAGCGAAAAGCCAGCUAUCAAAUCGACGUCCCUUUCGGCUCCAAAAAGAUUGGACGAAACGUAGAGUCCGAAGGGCAUUUGUUACCAAAUAAUCACACGUCCAUAGACAUGAAAGAGGAAAUGUACACCAUCAGCAGCGAAGAUAUGAAGAAAGCCCAGAACGAUCCCAUCCUCAAGCGAAUUCCUUCCGACGCCCAAAGCACCAGCGUGCUCGUCGGGGACGUUGAUUUUUUGGAGCAACCCGCCAUCGCCUUUAUCCGUUUAGCCGAAGCAGUCUACAUACCAUCACUGAUCGAAGUCAACAUCCCAGUGCGUUUCAUCUUCAUACUGUUAGGUCCGAAGGGAGCCAACCUCGACUACCACGAGGUAGGGAGGUCGAUAUCGACUCUUAUGGCGAACCACGAGUUUCAUAAUAUCGCCUACGAGGCGUACAAUCGUAAGGCGCUCCUGUCGGCGAUUAACGAGUUUUUGGACGACUCGAUCGUGUUGCCGCCGGGCGAUUGGGAACGGCAGGCGCUUCUUCCAAUCGAAGAAAUCAAAGCGAAAAGCGAGCGCAUACGUAAACGCAAAGAGGACGCCUUAAAGAAGGCCGUGGGCGAGGUAGCGAAACCGAUGUUGGUAAGCGACGAUGGCGGUAAGAAGCCCCCAUUUCCGAAUCCGUUGGAGAGAACUCGAAGACCUUUCGGCGGUCUGAUUAACGACCUGAAAAGGAGGUAUCCGUUUUAUUUGUCUGAUCUUAAAAGCGGCUUGAAUCCCCAAUGCGCGGCAGCUGCUCUGUUUAUGUAUUUCGCGGCGCUUUCCGGUGCCAUAACCUUUGGUGGUCUAAUGAGUGAUAAAACACAGAAUCUCAUCGGAGUAUCAGAAACUCUUGUGGCAACUUCGGUCGCCGGACUAAUCUUCGCUCUUCUGGGUGGACAGCCGCUUGUGAUUGUCGGAACUACUGGACCUCUACUGCUGUUCGACGAAAGUUUGUAUCAGUUUUGCAAGAGCAGCGGCAUUGAUUACUUAACAAUUCGAUUUUAUAUUGGCAUAUGGCUGGGAGUAAUUGCGUUGCUGGUUGCUUCUGUUGAGGGUAGCGUCUUUGUGAAGUGGUUUUCGAGGUUCACAGAGGAAAUUUUUUCGGCUCUUAUUUCGCUAUUGUACAUUGUGGAGAGCGUGAUGAAUUUAGUAUUGGUGUUCACUCGCCAUCCUCUGCGUGGGACUUACUACAACCUAAACAAUCUAAUGCAGGAGUUAAACGAGACCGUGUAUAACUCGACAACAGAUAACCUCUUUGCAAGAAAUGUAAGUGAGCUUACUGCUAUCAUCAAGAAUUCAUCAGUUCCUCCAUCCGUGCCAUUGUACGACUCUAUUGGACCCCUCAACCAACCAAAUACCGCGCUGCUAUGUACCAUCUUAUCAUUGGGGACGUUUGCCAUCGCCUACUAUCUGCUACUGUUUCGAAAUAGUCAGUUUUUGGGUCGCAAUGCUAGAAGAGCGCUGGGCGAUUUUGGCGUUCCGAUCGCUAUAGUAAUAAUGGCUUCGCUCAAUUACUUCGUUCCCAAUACUCACACGCAGAGGCUUACCGUUCCGAAAGGUUUUACGCCGUCCAAUCCAGAAGUGCGCGGGUGGUUAGUCGACCCUAAAGGCACGCUACAACCGAUCGAAUUGUGGGUUGCCUUCGCUGCAGGCGUUCCGGCUCUGCUCGUUUACAUUUUACUGUUCAUGGAAACGCAUAUUACAGAAUUAAUCAUCGACAAGCCAGAACGAAAGCUAAAGAAAGGCAGCGGUUUCCACCUAGACAUAGUAUUAAUUUGUCUACUAAACGUCGGAUGCGGCUUCAUCGGCGCUCCAUGGGUGUGCGUCGCGACCGUCCGAUCCGUCGCUCACGUCCAAGCCGUUACCGUCAUGUCCAGGACGCACGCGCCUGGCGAAAAGCCGCACAUCAUAGAAGUUAAGGAACAGCGAGUGUCCGCGUUCGUCGUUUCCCUACUCAUCGGUGUUUCUGUAUUGAUGUCACCCCUUCUUCGAUUGGUCCCGAUGUCAGUAUUAUUUGGAGUAUUCCUUUACAUGGGAGUCGCCUCCACCAACGGAAUACAAUUCUUCGAUAGGAUCAGGUUGUUCUUCAUGCCGCCGAAACAUCAUCCCGCUGCGUCCUACGUCAGAAAGGUGAAAACCAUAAAGAUGCAUUUAUUCACGUUCAUCCAACUCCUCUGCUUGGCGUUGCUAUGGACCGUGAAAUCGACAAAAGCGUCCUUGGCUUUCCCAUUUUUCCUGCUCCUUCUGGUGCCGUUAAGAUCGAAUUUGAAGUACAUAUUUUCACCGAGGGAGCUUCGAGCGCUGGAUGGGGAUCAACCGGAUGUCGAUGGCGAUGAACCUGACUUCUAUGUGGAGGCUCCACUUCCUGGAUAAGUUCUUUAAUGGGCAGCAGCGUAUAUUUUAAAUCAGUUAAUUUUUCGUUAAUCGCCGAUUGUGCGGUCCUUAAGUUAUUUACAAUCGUCAUUUCCCUCAACGUCUAUUUUCCACGUUUAAUGCAUAAUAGAUUUAUGUUAUGUAUUGUAGAUAGGUACCUAAAUUAGUAUUAGAACGUGCUUAUAUUUUCUUUAAUUAGUAUUAUAUAAUGUACAUCAUAACGGAAAUCAAACAUUAAACGGUUCUUUAAUAACCACCUAGCAAUAUUAACUUACGGGUUUAAUUUUUGUAUGAAAAUAAACAUUUAAAAGGCAAUUGUGUUUAAGAGUUUUGUGGAAGAUUGAGUUAUCCAAUGGGAACUAGUGCACUUCAUCAUUAUUUUUUAUCCAACGCCAAAUGGCAAAAGGGAAUAAUUUGAAAAUUAUUCCAUACAAAUUUGUCUUAAAUAUUUUGCCCAUAUGACUUUUACUUAAAUGCAUUGCAUCAAUGAUCCAAGAAUUUAAAUUCAGUAAUUUACAUGUUAUAUCGGUUUAUUCUUAAUUAUAAGCUAGCCGGCUUGAAUUGUGUUUUGGCAGGCAGCUUGUAGGUAGGUUGUAGUAUGUAUAAGUAUAGUAAUAUUAAUGUCAACCAAUUUACUUAUUACUGUGUACUUAAAUCAUUAUUUUUGACAUCGUGUACUUCCGUGCAAAAUUACUUAUAUUGUACUAAAUCUUCACCAUUGACAGUAUUAGGUAUUAGAACUAGCAAUAACCUUAUUUAGAUUAAAAAUGCCAAGAAAGAAGUAAAGAUGCUGUGAUGCGAAGUAGAAUGGUACUGCCACGAAUAUUUCAUUAAAAUGCCUUAUAAGUUUAUUUUAUACGAAUUUAAAUCUGUACAGAUAUUUUUUAUAAGAAUGUUUCAUGAUAUGGACCGAAUUACGUGUGAUAAAAGAGGUACAAAAUGAAGUGUGAGACGGCAUUAUUUUUUAUUCUUGUAUCUUGUCCAAAUGCAGAUAUUAUGUACCUAGUUCGAUAAGCCGCCCCAAAUUGCAGAUGGCUAAAUAUCAAAUCAAUUGGUAUCGAGGUACGGCGGCUUGCAACCGCUUCAUCUUUCUUGAAAGUUAGAAUAAGAUAGUGUAUAGUUAUUAUUCUUGUUCGAAAUUAAAAGAUCCUACUUAUGGUACAAAAUGUUUCUCAAUUUAUAUAAACUUGAUACUUGCCGAUUUUGUUGUGACUAUCACAGUAUUUCGUCCACUAGCCUAUAUUUAAAUAAGUUUUAGUUUUUUCGCCCUUUACUAACAAAAAACCUUUUUUUU